UAUAUUUCAUGUUGCACAAAAGAAAAACAAAAAAAAAAGUUAAAUAUAUUGAAUAAAACCUUAACGAUUUGUAUAUUGCAGAUCUGUGAUACAUAUUUUCCAGUCUCAGAAAUGGUUACUAACAUCUUUUAUAAUGAAUUAAUAGUAUAACACAUAAUGUAUCUUCAAACCAUUAUAUAAUUAUAUAUAACACUUAAUUUUAAUAUAUCAAAUUACAAAUGUUUUCAUUAUGCUUUUAUACACAAAAUAGUGAAAAUGUAAUAAUGAAAUAUAUACUAAAAUAAAAAAUAUUUUACGACCAAUGCAUUUUUGUUUUAAGACGAAAAAAAAAAAAUAAUUCUGCACAAUAAAAGAAUAAGCUUUAUUCAAAAAAGAAGAAGAAUAAGCUACCAGAAAACAAAUUCAAUUAAAAUAUACAUCAAAUUUAAAACAUACCAGAACACCAUAUUGGUUAACUACUCUUAAAAUUAAAAAUUAACGACAUAUUUCUAACAAAAAAUACGAUUGUAAGAUAAUGAAUAACCUAAUUGUAAACAAUACAAAAAAAAUUGUAAAAACCUUAUAAAAUAAUUUUCAAUAAUAUAAAAAAUAAUUUUAAAAUAACAAUGUAUUGCACAAAACAAAUAUUCGGUGCAAACUACAAAAUUUUUGAUAAACUAACAAAAUAUUAUAAAACAGAAGAAUAACUUAAUUUUAAAAUAAUUUUAAAAAGUAAUUUAGAAACAAAAUAUUAUAAAAUAUAAUAAAUAAAACUAACUAUUAAAAUAAUUGAAAUUUCUAUUUAUAUAUGAAUGAAAUUGUAAUUCAUUCCUUUUAGUAUUAAGAUAAAUAUACUAUAAUAAAAAUAACAAAAUAUACGUUGCGAAAUUUAAGAUGAAUUUAAAUUAAAAUAAGCUAAAUAAUUUGAAAUAUUUACUAGAACUCAUGAUAAAUUUAUGCAAUUCUUUCAAAUAGUAACCCGUCUGUAGGGCGGACCGAUCUUACUAUUACAGAACAUCAUGAAUAAGGACAUAAUUCGUCUUGUCAAUAUUACGUAACAUUUUCAGUUUUCUGUUAUUAUACAAAAUUUAUACUCUCCAAUAAUUGACCAAGAAUUUAAUACUUGCUAUUUAUUUAAUACUUAUACCACCACCCCUACUCUUUCAUGUCUUUUCCGUUGUUUUAUAUUUUUUCUUGAAUAUCAUUCCAUUCUCCAACAAAUGAGCAUUUCGUCUCUUUUCUUCAUUAUCUUUUUUUUUAAUACCUGCUAUUUUUUUUUUCCUUAUCUUCCAUCCUCCUCUUCAAUCAUUUCUGUUUAAUACAUUCCUUUCGUAAACCAAAUGUUCUUUGUUCUUUUUAACACCAUCACCGAAGUUUCUCGGAGUUGAGCAUGUCUACAAGAUUCAAAGGGCUUUAUCAGAAGAGCUUCAAGUGUUUCUCCGACGAUUUCGAUGAGGAGGAGGAUGAGAUGGAAAUAGGAUAUCCUACAGAUGUUCGACAUGUGUCGCAUAUCGGUUGGGACAGUUCACCGAGUAGUGCCCCCAGUUGGCUACAUGAAUUCAAGACGAGCAACGUGUUAAAGCCAACUUCAUCGGGGCCGUUUCAAGAUUUAAAAUUAGCCAAGGAAGCAUUUGGAGAAGUUGAAAGCAGCAAAGAAUUGGAAAGAGAAUCAUCAAAAAAAAAUCUGAAGAAGAAGCUCUGUCCAAAAGCCUCUCUAUUGUGUGAUCCAUGGUCCCCAAGAUUCUCAAGAUCAUGCAAGGUCCUUGCUUGAUUUUUUUUUUUUUUUGGGAUAAAAAAUCUUUGCUUGAUUAUUAUUCAUUUCAAUUUUCAAUGUCGUUGUUUAUAUAUUACUAUAGAGAAUACAUCAAUGUUUAAUGUUUUCAUAAUAUGUCUUUUCAGAAGUGUGCACAAAUUAACAUUCAGAGUGACUGAUAUUGGAAUCAUUUUACCAAGUGCUUUUUUAA